AUGAGAGUGUCCAACCCUAAUUUGCGCGUGACUAAUCAGUCCUCAGUGCCCAGAUCUACCGAGGAAAAAGUCGGCAUUCGUUGCGAUGAUGAUUUCUGUAGAAUCGAGGAAUUGAUUAAAGCCAACACCUUUUCUAGGGAGGAAAUCUGUCAUUUGGUGGACAUAUUGGAAUCGAGGGUGGACAAUCAGUUGGAGAAACAAAAAUUAAGCAUUGAUGCUGGAGUAGAUACCGAAUUCACCACCCAUGGAUUUCGAACAACACCUUCCACUGAAAAGCAACCAGAUAUUGACAGAAAUGCAAUUGGGACUUCUCGUGAAAAGGUCCCGGUUGGAGUUGGUGCUUCACCAAUUGAUAUUGCUCGUGCAUAUAUGGCUAGUCGUAGUUCUGGAGGAAGCCAUGAUUUUAAUAUUAUGAACUCUAAUGGUGAGAGGGCUGAGUUGGGCAAUGAAUUUGCAAGAAAGCCAUUUCUGCUGCCACCUUCACCUAAGCCGGCAAUAUGUUGGCCUGGUGCAACGGUGCAUGAACAUCAUGAGUAUUCAACACCUCAGAGUCGGAUGGGCAGACAUAGGCUUCAUAAUUAUCCGAGAACCCCUUAUUCAAGAAUCACAUUACCCAAGUCCAAUACGAAGCUGCAAUUUGAGAGUGCAGAUGCAAACAUGUCAACACCAUUUAAACAGUCUCAGUCAUCCAUCCAUGGGCAGGCAAAUUCAAGGAGGGAAACCUUUGAUCGCUAUGGAUCUGUGGGCCCUAUUCGUCAUAUCAAGAAUAGGUUUUCUUCAGAAGUCCGUCCCAGAGGAUCUAUAUUCAAUCCACCAAAGGACGAUCCUACACAAGUGGUGAAACCGGCUUUUGGGGGCUUUGUAAGGAAUACAGAGAAGACUCAGGGAAUUGGGGAAACAAGUGGUGCCUCAAAAUACUGUUCAGGAAAUAAUACAUCGGUUUCAUCUGAUAGGGAUAUCUCAAAUCAAAAUUUAGCCUACAGUGAUUCAGUUAGGAAAAUACUUGAACACCUUGACAGAAACAAGCCUACGCCUAAAGAGAAAGAAGCUGAAUUGAGGUUGGCGACUGCAUGGAGGAAAUCUCCUCCUGAGGCCACUGACAUCAGUCAUGAUGAAAAAAUAAGAUCAGCACAUGCUGAAGAACUUGCUGCUCACAACAAGAGUGCUGAUGUAUCUUACACAGAUGUUUCUGUAGGAUUCAAUAAAAACAGCAGUAAAUCCAGUUACAAUGAAAACAGCAGGAAAUCCAGUUUAUUUGUGAAUUCUGAGGAUAAAGGUUUGGGUGAGGUCGAAGCUGCAGUCACUGAAACAGUCAAAUCUCUUGGUUCUGGGUUUACUUGUGUUAGUGACCUACCAGGUGUCAAUCCUAUGCCGUCGUUUGUUUCUAAGAAUGCUUUUGCCACCAAUAACCAUGGACAGACUGAAAAAAGUUCGCUUUUCUCUCAUCCUCGUCUGAGUAACGGGCAAGAUGUGACAAUAACAGCUGGCACAACUGACUCACAUAUGUUGAAAACUGAUGGGAAAAGACCUUCACUGCCAUCAAUAUCUGUAGGCAAGCCUGUUUUUCCUGCAACGUCUUCUGAAAAUGUCCCUGGUUUCACUUUUCCCGUUUCAACUUGUUCGGGUGUACUCUCAGAACCGCCAACUCCUUCCGUCAUGCCAAGUGCUGUGUCCCACUCCAUUGAUUUGCAUACUAUUCCUUCCUAUACAUUUGGGGUUAAGAAGUCAACUCCACCUCUCGUUUUCUCAUUUCCAUCUACAAGCAGCAGUACCUCAUUGUUGGGUGAAGAUUAUGAUCUCAAGUUCAGUUUUGGAUCGGAGGACAAGGCUCGGUUAUCUUUUAGUUCUAUUGGAAAAGAUGCCAUCUGCUAUUAA